AUGGUAUAUGCCCUUGAUUACAAGAAACAUUCUGAGAAGUUCAAGGGGAGCAAGUGCAAACACUCCUUUUGCUCUGAUUGCAUAUCCAACCACGUCGCUGCUCAGAUUCAACAAAACAAUCUCAAGGUGAAUUGUCCAGAAUUUAAUUGCGGUGAGGAAUUGAAGCAAAAAAAUUUGCAACCGAUUUUACCUAAAGAAGUUUUUGAUCGAUGGGAAUCGGUGAGGUGCAAGUCUUUGAUUUCUGUGGGGACAAAGACUUAUUGCCCCUAUAAGAAUUUCUCUGUUUUGACUGUGGAUGAUGGUGGAGAAGUUCUGACCAGUGCUGAGUGUCCCUCUUGCCACAGGCUGUUCUGUGCUCAGUGUUUGGUUCCUUGGCAUGCAGGGAUGAAUUGCGAGAAAUUCAAGAAGAAGUCUAAGUCUAUUAUGCCCAAAGAAGAAGUUUUAGAGAGCAAGUGUUGGAAAUUUUAUUGUAUUUCAAAAGUUCAUACACAUUUUGCAUGUGCUUACCGUCCACUUUAA